GACCUGACCAGUUCUGGACGGCGUGUGAGAAGCAUUCGAUAGCCUACUGAAUAGCCUACCUGCUUCUUGUCAGAACUCGGUAUAGUACCCCUCAAGAGGUCCCAAGGGUCCAAGUGAAUCACCUACCUCCACUAGGCUCUGCAGGUACAAGCCAGUGGGAACAGCUCUACAAAUCUGUGAUGUAGUAAUGUUAUCGGGAGUCAUCCAUGCUUUUAACCUAGACUGACCUACACCGGUAUUGCAAAGACGCUUCAUUCGUUUGCUUGUGUUUGAGAGUUGAGGAACAGUUGCUGGCCUACUCAGAAUUCGCUGAAAAGAUAUCAAGUCAUAUUCCAGAUACAAAUUUCACCGUGGCUGCCAACAGAGAAAGACCGUGCCAAGGACUAUCACGAGGAUAUACAUUUAUUUCAAGAAAUAUUUGUGUGCCUUUACCUGAUCGUCUUUGCUGCGCAACCUACUUGGACAUUAAGCAAGUAUUUGGACACUUUUCAAAGUGCCACACUGAAUUUUGCACAGAGUUUUCCAGCACAUGAUGUACACAAUUACAAGGGGUCCCAGCAAACUUGUUACGCAGAGGAGAACAGGUCCAACACAACAGAUUGACAACAAAAUAAACGACUUCAAGCACAAACAAACAUCUUGGACAGCGACAAGCUCCCCUGCACCCAAGAUUGUGUUUAAUGGAUUAAACAAGAAGAAACUCCACACACAAACUACACCACAGGCAGAUGCCCAGGCUGAAGGAUUUACCCCCUCUCACGAAGAGAAUGUCAAGUUUGUAUAUGAAGCCUGGCAGGAGGUGGAGCAGCAGCUGGGAGAUGGAGAUGCAGCAGCAGCAGCAGCAGCAGGGGACUCUGGAGCAGGUCUGGGACCUGUGCAGUACUCAGAGAGGACUCCCAAUCCCCAGCUGAAGAAUUUUGUGCCGAUUGAUCUGGAAGAGUGGUGGGCCCAGCGUUUCCUUGCCAACAUUGCCAACCUCUCGUGAUUGGCUCAGAGGGGAACUGGCCCAGAGGAUCUGGGGGGACUCCCCGAGUGAGGUGUGGGUUGGAGGCUCAGCGCUUGGGGGAAAAAAGGAGGAGAGUCUUGCGCGACACAGAGGUGUUUAGGCUUUAGGGAAGAGCUCUUUAGGGCCAUCACUGGGACACUGGCGCAUUGCCACUACAACAUCUGAACUCUGACCCCUUUUUUUAGCCUUUAAACUCUAGUUUGUCAACACUAACCACUGUCCUUUUGGCCAGUCAGCAGGAGGAGGGUUGAUGAAUGUUUCUCUUGUUUGAAUUUUUUUUUUGUUGUUUUUUUUUAUUUUUCAUUUUGGGUCUUUGUCAACCCCACACUGAAAUGUCUGUAUUACUUUGAAAUGCAGUAAAUGUGUAUUUUCAAAA